AUGUCGGCUCUAGAAGUGUUGAAGACAGACGAGCUACGAGGCACUUCUCGUCCUUCGGGUCAAGAUAACAAAGAUCUGUGCGAUAGAAAUGAUGCUCAAAAAUUGAGCGAAGUCGAAAUUUUGGAACUGAAGCAAAGCGGAAAAAGUGGAGAGCUUAUUAAAGCCCUAAUUAAUAAUUCUGCGACCUUCAACCAACGAACUGAGUUUUCUCAGGCGAAAUAUCUGCGAAAAAAAUCGGAAAAACAUCAAGUGAUUGUUCAGCUGCUUCGCCCAACCAGUUUCUUGAUAUGCAGGACAUAUUUCAAUAAAAAGCCUCAGAAAAUUUUGAACAUCAGAGAGGACACACUCGCGCAUAUCAUGCAACUUGGGAACUUGAAUUCUGGAAUUCGAGUAACGCUGAUAGACGGCUGUGCCGGUCUGAUUCUAGGAUCUAUAGUAAGUCGUUUGGGAGGCCAUGGAAGGGUUUUUCACUUGUACCGAGGAGAGACGUCUCAUCCAGACAUACUUCUGCGUUGGAACUUCCCACCUGCCCACCUAUCCGUAGUCAAAGCAAUACCUCUCCCCUACUUCCUGGGCCAACUGAUGGAAGAAGAAUAUCUUGAAAAGGGCACCAGGUCUCUCGCAGACGCCUGCGUACACGAGACGCACCCGAGAAGGAAAAAACCUCAAGAAUCCUCUGAAAUCCCUUCGAAUACCGCUGAGGGAUCAGCGGGGAUAACGGAACAAGCAAAUAUGAUGAAAAAGGAAAGGCGAAAAGCGCUCUGGACGGAAUUUGUCGAAUCAACCGAAGAAUUGAAAACAAAAAAAACGGACAGUUUGAUUAUCGUCGGUCCAACUUGUCCAGAAUCAGCCAUUGAAUUGCUAUGGGAUACUCUGAAUGUCGGGGGAUAUUUCGUUAUAUAUAGCGAAUAUAUCCAAGCGCUUAUAGAAUGCUAUCUCAAGUUACACCAAAAUGGAGAUGUUGUCAAUUUAAAACUGAGCGAAACAUUGUACCGACAUUAUCAAGUUUUGCCAAGAUCCACCCAUCCGAAAAACCAUGCAUCAGCUACAGGAGGAUAUCUGCUUUCUGGAAUAAAGGUCCAACAGCCCGAGACAAAGAAACUUUAAAGCCGUGACGAGGCACAAGCCGAGGCAUACCUGAAAUCUCCUUCGCAUAUGUGCGUACACAUAUGAAACAUGCAAAU